GUGAAUCAUGGCCGACGGCGAGCUGUUCGAACCGGCAGCCACGAGGAGCGGCUAGCAGCAACCGAAGCCGUUGGCACCUACGUGGCCGCGGUGGGCGCUAGGUUUGCUCCACACUUCCCAAGCGCGCUGCCAGCGCUUUGUGCGCAGGCCAAGCACGCGGAUCCUGACGUCCGGGCCGAAACCGCCAAUGCUUUGGCCAAAAUGGGCAAGGUCCUGGGCGAUUUGGCCGGAGGCCUCCCGGAGGGACACGCCGACCGCCAAGCCGCUUCGGGCCUUGCUGAGGCGGUGGCGAGGGGUCUUUGCGACAUUAUGGCAGAGGCAGGCUCUGCACCAGUUCGCUGCGCUCUGCAAGCCAAAGAGGACCUGGAGCCCAAUCCGGGCUUUGUGGCACUGGCAGGGCCAGGUUUUUCCGCGCUGGCAGCAGCUGCUGGCGGUCGUCGAUCCGAGGACGUGGAAGACUCCGAUCCCGACAAUUUCUCAGAUGCCGACGGCGAGGAUGAUUGGUGA